UCUGUGGCUGCCUAUACAUCAUCUGCAUCAUAGCUGUCUGCCCUGAAGACAAUAUGACUUUAGAUAUGACUUUAGUUGGGUUUUCACAGAUUGGUCAUGCUUCAUUAUGUACAGAUUUACUGUAAAUAGUUUUCUAGAUCUGGUUAACAGUUUUAAUACUUUUGCUGCAUCAACUACACGCUCCCUCUGUCACUUCACAACCUCACGAGUCAUGACAUCAACAACUUCAUAGCAGUUGAGUUUUUACAGUAUAUCAGAACAUUUAGUUGAAAAAGUACUUGUUUCUGCAGCAAGAAUGUAUCACAUGACAUUCUUGAAGGCUGUGUUUAAAACAAAGUUUGGUAUGUUGCCUUGAUUUUACAAUAAGUGUUUUCAUGGCCUCCAUGGUAAGUAAGAAUACUCCUUCAACCAAAAAAUGCUCUCUCUCUCUCUCUCUCUCUUUAGUCACAUGCUCACAGCCAUGUUCUGAGCAUGUGCUACAUGAGGUCAUACUAGUUUAACUGGUGCUCACACAGUAUUUCAAGGGCUGAGGCCAAGAAAGAGUAUUAGUUGGCUCAGAUAGGUGCUCAGGCCUAAUCUAGGAUUAAAGGUGCAGCUCCGCAGAUCGCCUUAAAGAUUUCUCAGGUUUCUUUAGCAUGGCUAGAAGAGCCAUGAUGAUGUCAAAGUUAGUGCCACCAAUUCCUUGUUAUUUUUCGUUCGACCUCUAAUCUCCAAGUGCUGGUUCAUGAGAACACAAACACCCUGUGUGUUUUUUCGUUCAAAAAAAAUUCAUACAAUGCAAAGUUUUUUUUAAUGAUCAAUUAUCUGCAAGAGAGAAAAUAAAAAUAGAUUUUUGAUAUUUUUAAGUUAUUUACUAAACUGGCACAAAAAAGUUUUUUAAAUAUACGAUGUUUUCAUCUGUUUAAAGGGCAGAUACUUAAUUGAGCAUCGCUACUGAAUAUUAAUGAGAAGACGAUAAUUCGCCCCGCCCACCUCACGGCGCCAGCACAGAGCUGUCCGUCACCGGAGGUGCUGAAGACUCUAGAAGUAAAAAAUUCGACAUACAAACACUAACACUAGAUAUUAAUUCAAUCAAAUGGAGAUAAAGACACCAAAAUCCAAAAACGAAAACUCGAAUUUACACUUCAAAGAUGGGAUUUGCAACACUGUGAAUAGGAUCACCAACCGCCUCAACCAAAGAGCAACUUGAAUGAACACGAAUUUUGGCUGAAUUUACACAGGCUCGUGAACUAAGCCUUAUUUCUUCUCAGCACUUGAUGUAUAGCCAAAGACACAAAAGACAAUGGCGAAGAUUUGUACAGAGCAGUCCUACCCGUCCCGGCAACAUCUCUCGGUUCGAGCCUCUGACGAUGAACUGAACCAGGCUGAAAAUGGUGCAAGCAGGGCACAUUCUCUUGGUGAGGACACCUCCUCUGACAUGCAGGGAAUUAUUUCUACUGGAACAAGCCAGUUUCCGGAGUCCAGGAGAAGUUCCUUCACAGGUUCGGGGGCUAUGGCAAGGCUCACUCAAUUCCUGGUCAUGCUGCAGAACUGGGCAUCUCACAGGCUUCACAGAGAGGUCGAGCGUCCCGACUCCUUUUUGGAGCGAUUUCGUGGACCAGACCUCAAAGACUUGUCUAGCCGUGGGAGUAACACCCAUUCCUCUAUAGGUCUUCCUGACAGACCUCGUAAGAGGAAAAAAGACAAACACUGGAAUAUGGCAACUUACAAUAUGAACAACUGCAACAAUACAGAUGACAAAAAGGAGGACAAAAAGGAGGAAAUAAAAAAGGAUGGAGACAAGGAAGAGAAAAAAGAGGAGAAAAAGGAGGAGAAAAAAGAGGAGAAUAAAGAUGAGAAAAAGGAGGAGAAAAAAGAUGAAAAGAAAGAUGAUAAAAAGAAAGAUGCUCCUCCUCCACCGAAGGAAGUUUGGAUCAUGGACCCCUCCUCAGACAAAUAUUACAGAUGGUUGUCCAUCAUAGCAGCGCCGGUUUUCUACAACCUCAUUAUGUUGGUAACAAGGGCGUGUUUCAAUGAGCUUCAGGACUCUUAUACAGUGCUUUGGAUCAUUCUGGACUACGGCUCAGAUGUGAUCUACUACAUGGACACGUUCGUUCGAUCAAGAACAGGUUUCUUGGAGCAGGGUCUUCUUGUUAAAGAUGGCAAGAAGCUGGUGGAUCAUUACAAAAAAAUCCCACAAUUCAAAUACGACAUGAUUUCAAUGAUUCCCACAGAUUUAUUAAUGUUUAAAGUGGGAUUUAACAAUCCCGAGCUUCGUUUCAAUCGUCUCUUCAAAAUGGCCCGUCUCUUUGAGUUCUUCGACCGCACGGAAACCAGAACAAACUAUCCGAACAUUUUCCGUAUCAGCAACCUCGUGCUUUACAUCCUCAUUAUUAUUCACUGGAACGCUUGCAUUUUCUUUGCCAUUUCCAAAACCAUCGGCUUUGGGACAGACACGUGGGUAUACCCGAACAUAAGCCACCCUGAAUAUGGCCGCCUGGCCAGAAAAUACAUCUACUGUCUGUAUUGGUCCACUCUCACACUUACCACCAUUGGAGAAACUCCUCCACCUGUUAAAGAUCUUGAAUAUUUGUUCGUCGUUGCCGACUUCCUCAUCGGCGUGUUGAUAUUCGCCACCAUCGUCGGUAACGUCGGCGCAAUGAUUUCCAACAUGAACGCUUCCCGUGCCGAGUUUCAGGCCAAGAUCGACUCUAUCAAGCAAUAUAUGCAGUUUCGUAAAGUCAGCAAAGAUCUGGAGGCUCGGGUCAUCAAAUGGUUCGACUACCUCUGGACGGAGAAGAAGACUUGCGAUGAAAAGGAAGUCUUGAAGAACCUUCCGGACAAGCUCAAAGCCGAGAUUGCCAUCAACGUCCAUUUGGACACGCUGAAAAAGGUGCGAAUCUUCCAGGAUUGCGAAGCGGGGCUACUUAUCGAGUUGGUGCUUAAGUUACAGCCGCAGGUCUUCAGUCCUGGAGAUUACAUAUGCAAGAAGGGCGACAUCGGCCGAGAAAUGUACAUCAUCAAAGAAGGAAAGCUCGCCGUGGUGGCUGAUGACGGUGUUACCCAAUUUGUGGUGCUCAGCGACGGUGCAUACUUCGGAGAAAUCAGCAUUCUUGGAAUUAAGGGCAGUAAGGCCGGAAACAGAAGAACGGCAAACAUUCGUAGUGUUGGAUAUUCUGAUCUAUUCGCCCUGUCCAAAGACGACCUCAUGGAAGCAUUGACAGAGUACCCAGAUGCCAAAAAAGCCCUGGAGGAGAAAGGAAAGUCCAUCCUGAGGAAGGACAACCUUCUCGAUGAGGCGGUGGCGAGCGCAGGCGCUGAUCCCAAAGAUCUAGAAGAGAAGGUUCACCGUCUAGAGGGAAGCCUCGAUAUGAUGACAACCAAAUUUGCCAAGCUUAUGGCAGAGUACACGACUUACCAGGGCAAGAUCAAGCAGAGGAUCACCAACAUGGAGAACAAAGUUAAAAAACUGCGAGCAGAAGAGCUGUCUGAAGUGGUCGAGGACAAAAAAGAUGAGGAUAAGACGACAAAAUAAUCAAGACAGACAUUUGGGUUUAUGGGGUUUUCCGAUUCAUGUACAUAUUUCUUAUAGUGCAUUUAUACUUACAUUUUUAUGAUGAUGUUGUAUUAUUUGCCAUAUUUGUAUAUCAUAUUUAUUCAAUAUAAAACUGCUCAGAUCAUAAAUUAGACACAGUGCAAGACUUUUGAUUCUUUAUCUCCCCUUAAAGUAUUACUAACAUCUACUGCAUAUAUACUGUAUGUUUUACUUGCCACAAAUGUGUGAACAGUAUACAUUAUUUUUUUUUUUCUAAAUGAUGUAAUUCAUAUAAUGAUUUCUAAUUCUGUUCAUUAAGCAAUAAUGUUUUUUCCAAAUGAUGGUCUUUGUGAAAUAAGAACUUAAAAUCAUCUUCAAACAUCCAUGCUAUCAAUAUUUUUAUGUGUUCUUUAAUAAACAUUCUAACAAAUUCUGCAUGUUUGUUAUAUAGUAUAACUACACUCACCUAAAGGAUUAUUAGGAACACCAUACUAAUACUGUGUUUGACCCCAUUUCGCCUUCAGAACUGCCUUAUUCUACGUGGCAUUGAUUCAACAAGGUGGUGUAAGCAUUCUUUAGAAAUGUUGGCCCAUAUUGAUAGGAUAGCAUCUUGCAGUUGGAGAUUUGUGGGAUGCAAAUCCAGAGCACGAAGAUCCCAUUCCACCACAUCCCAAAGAUGCUCUAUUGGGUUGAGAUCUGGUGACUAUGGGGGCCAUUUUAGUACAGUGAACUCAUUGUCAUGUUCAAGAAACCAAUUUGAAAUGAUUCGAGCUUUGUGACAUGGUGCAUUUUCCUGCUGGAAGUAGCCAUCAGAGGAUGGGUUCAUGGUGGUCAUAAAGGGAUGGACAUGGUUAGAAACAAUGCUCAGGUAGGCCGUGGCAUUUAAACGAUGCCCAAUUGGCACUAAGGGGCGAAAAAGUGCGCCAAGAAAACAUCCCCCACACCAUUGCAUUAAUGAGAAAUUGAAAAGGUGUUCCUAAUAAUCCUUUAGGUGAGUGUAUGUAUAUAUAAACUUGUGGUUACACUUUAUUUCAAGAGGUAAUUUUUACAGUGUAACUUCAUAAUUAAUUACCAACAAUAGUAUUACUACUAAUAAUAUUAACAAUAUUAUUAUUUUACAGUGACAAUGUUACAGUGUUAUUAUACAUUUAAGUACUGACUAAUAAUGAUUACCAGCAUGUUCUUACUAUGCAUUAUUUACUGUCACUAUAGAGGUUCCCUCUUUAAAAAGCCCAUUCAUUUUUACCACAGACUUUAGAAAAAGCUCUGUUUAACAAAAGUUUAUGACACUUAAGACUAGAGGUCGACCGAUAUGCUUUUUCUCUGGCCGAUGCCGAUUUUUUUGAAAUGAGGGCAGCCGAUGGCCGAUAUGUUUGGCCGAUUUUCUAUAUGUACAUAAUAAUCAAAAUGUUCUCAUCAUUAUUAGCAGAUAUUUUAAAUGCAAAAAUGUCACUAUUUAAGUCAAAGUAUUUAAAAAUACAUGACUGGUCUUUCUGAAGAGUUUUACAACCUCCUCUGCACCAUGCAUUUAUCAGACACAGAUAUUACCUGACACUCUGCUGUCAUCAUCUUUGAUCAGUUUUUUACCAUGGCUUUUAUUGCUUUGUAGGAUAAAAUCCUUAUUUGGUAGACCUGAUAAAAUAUUUAUUCAUCAUAAAGUUAACAUAGUAAAUGUCUAUGGUUUUUAGUUGAGACUGUUAUUUAGGGCAAAUCUUUCUAAACACAUUUACAUUCUCAUGUCUGAGGCGCUAUAAGUGACUGAUUGUGCUGACAGUGACGUCUUGUGAGUUUAGUGUUGGGACAGAUCUGUUGUUUCAACCGUUCAUUCAAACGAAUCCGUUCAAAGGAGUCAGUUCGCGAAUCGGACGCGCUGUGUUCUAAUCCAGGCUGAACAGCGCAAAACUGUACAAAGUGUUACUGUAACAACACGAAAAACAUUUCCUCGGUGGAUAUGAUUUGGUCUUCCGACCUUUCGCCAUCGAGUCAGUUUUGUUUUGAGUAAUAAAAGCAGGGAGACAGAAAGCGUGCGCGCGCGGCUCUUCUCUCUCUGUCACGCAAACAAAACUAAUCAUCACUCAUUAAUCACAUGAAAUGAGCCUAAUCUUUGCACGGACAGUGCACCGCGAGACAUAAGCCCGUCGCGCUGUUGUACUGGCUGCUUAAUUCGCGCGAUCCCGCCAUUUAGUAAAGCUGUUUGUGAACAAGGCAUGGCUGCACACACACGAGACGGGAGCGAUCUGCUUGCAGCAAGAGGCAGCGUCACGAGUUCUACAACAGCGCUUAGGUGCCCGCAGAUGCGCCUGGCUAUUAAUCGGCCUAAUUUUGCAGCAAAAUCGGCCAAAGCCGAUUUUUUAAAAUAUGCCAAAAAUCGGCCAAUUAAUCGGCCGGCCGAUAAAUCGGUCGACCUCUACUUAAGACAUUUUGGUGCCGUACACACUGCAUAUUAAUUUGGUUGUUACUUCACCUUUUAAUGCUUCUGUACACCAGGGGCGUAGCCAUGAGGGGGCCUGGGUGGGCCUUGGCCCCCUCAUAUACAUGUCCGCCCCCUCAGAUUUCCAUGUUACGUGUUGUUGUGCGUAACUUAUGCUGUCAUCUUUGCAUGAGAGAUUAUUAAUAUUUGGUGACAAUGGCAGCUGGCGCGCAAAGUACAAUAUUACGCUUUUUCAAAAAAGCACGGAAAGAUGAGCAAGAAGAAGAAAAUGUGCCUACUUUGAGUCUACUUCAUGUUGUGCUGAAAAGGUGAAGUAAAUAUGC